UCACUGGUAUGUAACGUGCCACUCCAAGCGAGUAGAACGCACAGUAUGCUGUUGCUCUCGAAGGAAGAAACAAUACGGCACGGUGUGUUUCGGUCCGUCCAUAUACCGUUCGAAAUUGUCAACGUGUGCACAUAUUUAUUCCAUCAGCAUGGAAUAAUACACUGACGUGUGGAUCGAUCGAUGAAAAGUGAUCAAAUAACGGGAACAUUCGUUUACCGUCCAUCUAACCGUGGUGAAAACUUGAAUCGAUCGUCCGAUCAAAAUUGGUGAACGUAUCGAAAAUCGGCAAGGUUUAUUCAAAUGCGAGGCCUCGUUCGCCGGGGCUAACAUCUCGCUAACGAUUGUGCAAUUAUUGGUGCCCGAGGCAUACCGACGAUCACGCGGUGUUUAUUUCCUAAAUAUCGCGCGCGAAGAGGAAAUGUAUACCGACGAUUCGCAGCCGUUUCCCGAAGUAGCACGUAAAACACACACGCGAGGUGAAAAGUGAACGGCAAGUGGAACAAACACAGUGUACGAAUAUUUUCUCUCCUAUUGGAAGGAAUAUCAUGGGUUUGAUUUCGCUACGCGAUUAAACCGCACGGCGAUAAAACACGGGACAAGAGAAGCUCGCACGGUAGUGCUGAACUUGCGAAGGGUUUAAUUCUAUAAAGGGACGGAACGAGGGCAUGAAGAAGAUGCUUCAGCUGCCGGUGAUCUUUGUUCUGAUAAUUUCGAUGUUCGUGGCCAGUGUCCCCGUGGACACGUCGCAUGAGGACGGACACGAUAAGAGUGCAGUAGACACUACGACGAACGUGAACAAUGGUGCAGUUAAUAUCACAACCGACAGUAAUACAACAACCGUCGCACCUCUGGUUCAAGCGGCCGAAAAUAAAACGGGAAAUUUAAAUAGUAAAAUAUCGGAACCGUCCCAGAACGUGACUAAAGCGAAUGAGACGGUACCGCAGCAUAUAGAGAAAGCCAAUGAAAAUAAGAAGCAUAAAUGUAAUUCCACGAAGGAACAAGAUGACAUGCAAGGCUGUUAUGUCUUACCACAUGACAGCGAAGAAGAUACAGACGAUAAUUUAGCGGGAAGUACGCCAGUGCCCACACCAGUUACGACAGACGUGACUAAGAAGACGGAGGUGAAUAAGACGAAAGCUUCAACGGAUGAGAUUAAAAUAAACGUUCAGAAGAAAAAUGAAAGCGUCGAUGUUUAUCCGUUAAAUUCAACGGAAACCACGCAGUCAGUGACCUAUGAUAUUGUGUCGACCGAAGCGAGUAAUGUUAAAAACACGAGUAGCACAGAGGGAAGCUUAAAACCUACUGUAAAGCCUACUACUGCGAAUGACACUACAACAAGUAAUCCAGUAGAACCGCCGAUGGUAAAUAAAAUAACAAGUGUAGAGUCCGAUGGUACUGUUACAGAAGUGAAAUCGGCAGAUAGAAACAAAAGUAUGCCAUCAGGAGUUAUAGCGUUAGUCAUUGCGAUCAGUUUUGGUGUCGCAAUCGCGAUAGUGUACAUUGGCAUGAUUGUUUGGAGGCGAUACAUUGAGUACAGGUACGGUCAUCGAGAGCUACUUGUUAAUGAACUGGAAUUUGACACCAAUGAUUUGCGUCACUUUGAGCUGUAAUUUGGAAGAAAAUUCAGAAACUUGCAGAAGAGAUACAAUUCAAUGACUCACAGCUGAGGCUGGUACCAUACACCUACUAAAGAUUUUUUAAUCUGUGAUACUAAGGACAUGCAUUGCGACUGACAGUCAACAAACCAAAUAUAUUUGGAUAAUGUUAUACAUUUCUUGUAAAAUAAUUGUUUUAUAUGUAUACAACCCGAUUUUUUCCACAAGUUAGUUAUUCAUUCCUCCUUUAGCAGACAAUUACGAUAAUGUUACUGUUAUUUAUAUUUUUUUUUCGUAAUGAUCAUAACAUACGGAUCGUUGAAUAAUAUCCUUUUGUUGGAUAAUAUGUCUGUAUGUUUUCGAAACUGUAUGGGUGCUAGAACGAAAUGUAUCAUUCUCUCAAUAAUUAUUGUGAACGAUAUAACCCGUUGUUUUGUAGUAUUUCAACUGUUAUUUAAUACAUAUUAAAUUUUUGUAAGCUA